GCACCAACUAAUUCUCUCUCUCCUUCUCGCUUUCUUUUUUAUCACAAAAACCCUAAACCCUAUUUCUCUAAACCACAGAUUUCAUAGAUCCAUGGCGACCGCCGCGUUGCUCAGAUCUCUUCGUCGACGAGACGUCGCAUCUGCUUCUCUCUCUGCCUUCAAAUCCUUAAACGGAGCCAAAACAUCAUGGACUGGAUCACAUUUGAGUCACAAAUUAGGAGUAAUUGCGAGACCCUUCAGUUCGAGGCCUCUUGGAAAUGAAGUCAUUGGGAUUGAUUUGGGUACCACAAACUCAUGUGUUUCGGUCAUGGAAGGCAAGAGUGCAAAAGUUAUUGAGAAUGCUGAAGGAGCACGAACGACACCAUCAGUUGUGGCCUUUAACCAAAAAGGAGAAUUAAUUGUGGGCACUCCAGCAAAACGUCAAGCAGUCACUAACCCAACAAACACUAUAUUUGGGACAAAACGUUUGAUUGGGAGACGAUUUGACGAUACCCAGACACAGAAAGAAAUGGCGAUGGUUCCAUAUAAGAUUGUGAAGGCUCCAAAUGGAGAUGCUUGGGUUGAGGCCAAUGGGCAGAAGUAUUCUCCAAGCCAGAUUGGUGCAUUUGUUCUUACCAAGAUGAAGGAGACUGCUGAAGCUUAUCUUGGGAAGACAAUUAAUAAAGCUGUUAUUACUGUACCAGCUUACUUCAACGAUGCACAAAGGCAAGCUACCAAGGAUGCUGGGCGAAUUGCUGGUUUAGAUGUGCAAAGGAUCAUCAACGAGCCAACAGCUGCUGCACUGUCCUAUGGAUUAAACAACAAAGAGGGUCUCAUUGCCGUUUUUGAUCUUGGUGGUGGAACUUUUGAUGUUUCUAUCUUGGAGAUAUCUAAUGGUGUUUUUGAGGUGAAAGCAACAAAUGGUGAUACAUUCCUUGGAGGAGAAGACUUUGAUAAUGCCAUGUUGGAUUUCUUGGUUAGUGAGUUCAAGAGAACAGAGGGAAUAAACUUGACAAAGGACAGGCUUGCCCUCCAAAGACUAAGGGAAGCUGCUGAGAAAGCUAAAAUUGAGCUGUCAUCGACAACCCAGACUGAUAUUAACUUGCCAUUUAUCACAGCUGAUGCUUCUGGUGCUAAGCAUUUGAAUAUCACUCUCACAAGGUCGAAAUUCGAGGCUCUAGUGAACCACUUGAUUGAGAGGACCAAGAACCCAUGCAAAAGUUGUGUGAAGGAUGCAGGAAUCACAACCAAGGAGGUGGAUGAAGUUCUCCUUGUUGGUGGGAUGACUCGUGUUCCUAAAGUUCAGGAAGUUGUUACAGAAAUUUUUGGGAAAACUCCAAGCAAAGGAGUGAAUCCUGAUGAAGCAGUUGCCAUGGGAGCAGCUAUUCAGGGUGGUAUUCUUCGUGGUGAUGUUAAAGAACUGCUUCUACUUGAUGUCACUCCUCUAUCACUUGGUAUUGAAACACUUGGUGGUAUCUUCACCAAGCUGAUUGGUCGCAACACCACAAUCCCAACUAAGAAAAGUCAGGUAUUCUCAACAGCAGCUGACAACCAAACUCAGGUGGGGAUUAAAGUUCUGCAAGGUGAGCGUGAAAUGGCAUCCGACAACAAGUUAUUAGGCGAAUUUGAUCUUAUGGGUAUUCCUCCGGCUCCAAGAGGCAUGCCUCAAAUUGAGGUAACAUUCGACAUCGACGCAAAUGGUAUUGUGACAGUCUCAGCCAAAGACAAGACCACCGGUAAAGAGCAGCAAAUCACAAUCAGGUCAUCCGGAGGUCUCUCAGAUAGCGAGAUUGAGAAGAUGGUUAGAGACGCUGAGCUCCAUGCUCAAAAGGACGCAGAAAGGAAAGCACUUAUUGACGCCAAAAACACGGCGGAUACCACCAUUUACAGCGUCGAGAAGAAUUUGAACGAGUACAAAGAGAAGCUUCCUAGUGAAGUGGUCUCUGAAAUCGAAGCUGCUGUGGCUGAUUUGAGGAAAGCUGCCGGUGGUGAAGAUGUUGCAGAGAUUCAGGCCAAGAUUGAUGCUGCAAACAAGGCACAGUCUAAGAUCGGACAGCAUAUGCAAGGUGGUUCAGGAGGGUCUUCUGAUUCAGGGUCUGGGUCUGGAGGAUCGCAAGGUGGUGAACAAGCUCCUGAGGCGGAAUACGAGGAGGUAAAGAAGUAGAGAGAAUGUUUGAUAUGGUGUUAUGACUUGUUCAACAGUUAUUGUAUCUAAAAGGUACAACCAUGAGAUGAUAUGGGGUUUGGUAGUAGCAAUAAUCGUCACCUUUUGUUAUAUUUGCCAAUUGGGAACUAGAUACGUUUUUCAACCAAAAUUUUCAAUGAGAUUCUACUACUAGUUGAUCGGCUUGAUUCA